GCCAAGUACCUUCCUUCCCUUCAUACUGAACUAGAAAAAACAGAAGAAGAUGGAGAUUCCGGUAAUCGACUUGAGUAAGUUUGAAGGUGAGGAGAGAAGUGCAACCAUGGCACUUCUCCAUCAGGCUUGUGAGAAAUGGGGCUUUUUUAUGAUAGAGAACCAUGGAAUUGACACUUACUUGAUGGACAAUGUGAAGCAGCUGGUGAAUCAGCACUACGAAGCCAACAUGAAGAAACGGUUCUAUGAAUCGGAGCUACCUAUGAGCUUAGAGAAGAAAGGAAACAUCAGCAACACAGACUGGGAAAGCACAUUCUUUGUUUGGCAUCGUCCAACUUCCAACAUCUAUGAGAUUCAAGGUCUCUCAAAGGAGCUUUGCAAAGCAGUAGAUGACUAUAUUGAUCAGCUGAUCAAACUUGCAGAAAAUCUUUCAGAACUAAUGUGUGAGAACCUUGGCCUAGAGAAGAGUCACAUCAAGGAAGCAUUUUCAGGGAGCAAGGGUCCUUCUGUUGGAACAAAACUGGCGAUAUAUCCUCAAUGUCCUCGCCCUGAUUUGGUCAGAGGAUUGCGUGAGCAUACAGAUGCUGGUGGUAUCAUUCUCUUACUCCAAGACGAACAAGUUCCUGGUCUGCAAUUCUUCAAAGACGGACAUUGGGUGAACAUCCCACCUUCAAAGAACAACAGAAUUUUUGUAAACAUCGGUGAUCAAAUCGAAAUUUUGAGCAACGGGGUGUAUAAGAGUAUUCAACACCGAGUGAUGGCUGAAAAGGACGGGAAUAGACUUUCCAUUGCCACCUUUUACAACCCUGCGGGUGAGGCCAUCAUUUCUCCAGCACCAAAGCUCCUGUAUCCCUGCCAUCUCCGCUUUCAAGAUUAUCUGAAUCUUUAUAUCAAAACCAAAUUUGCCGAAAAAGGCCCCAGAUUUGAGUCUGCGAAAACAUUGGCCAAUGGGCAUUGAAGACUUCACCUUGAGAAAUAAGGAUUAUUCUUUCCAAGUUUAUGUAUCUGUUACUUAUAAUUUGAGUGAUCUCUUUUCCCCCUUUU